GUUUGAUGACUGGAGGAUCCGGAUGAAGGCACAUCUCUGUGCCCUUCAUGAUGAGAUGUGGGAAGUAUUGGACAUUGGGCCAUUCACAAGCUUCCAGAAGGUCAACCCUGAGCAUGCUAUAGAUAACACCAUACCUCAGAUGAUCAAUAAAGCCAAAUCUGAGUGGACUAACGAGGAAAGAAGAAAGUAUAAUCUGGACAACAUUGUAAAAGACAUUCUCUACAAGUCCAUAUAUGACAGAUACUUCAACAGAAUAAAGAAGUGCAAGACUUCCAAGGAAAUCUGGGAUACUCUUGAGAUCAUUGGAGCUGGUGAUGAGCAAGAGAAAGACAACAAGAUGACGAUAGCCAACAAGAAGUUUGAUGAUUUCAAGCUUCUCCCUAGUGAAAGCAUCUCCAAAAUGUAUGACAGGCUCCUCACUCUCACUCGAGAGAUCUCUGAGCUUGGCAAGGAACUUACCACCAAGGAGAUCAAUCUCAAAGUGUUGAGGGGAUUGCCCUCAACAUGGAAGAUGAAAGUGGUUGCUGUCCAAACCAGCAAGGAUGUGAAGACUUAUCCCACAGACAAGCUCAUCUCAGACCUCAAAGCUCAUGAGUUCGAGAUGAUUGAAGAGAAGGAGGAUAUACCAUAAGAAAGGACAACUACAACUCUCACAGCUAGUACAUCCAAGGUAAAUGAUUUUGACCCUUCAAUUCUUUUAUCUGACGAAUAUAUAACUGCUUUUGCUAGCAGAUUCAAGAAGUUUAUGAAGAAUCCCAAAGAUGGAAGAAGUCCAUCUUCCAGCAGAAAGCCAUUCCAGAAACCCAAAGCAACAGAGAGCAGUGGUGAGCUUCUCUGUUACAACUGCAGACAACCUGGGCAUUUCAAGUCUGAUUGUCCACAUCCAAGAGUGUCCAUGAGACAAGGGCAUGAUGGAGAAAAGAAGAAAUUUGAAUACAAUACCAGAAGGAGGAAAGCACUUGUCAAAGAACAACUUGAGAAAGACCCCCUCUCUGAGACAGAAUCCAGUUCUGACUCUAAUUCUGAUGAGGCCUUCUGUUGCCUUGAUACCGAGACAGAAGACCUAUGCCUCAUGGCUCAUUCUGAUGACGAGGAACUGUGUGCUGGAGCUAUCUCAGAGCAAGAAUGGUUUAUUGAUAGUGGAUGCUCCAGGCACAUGACAGGUGACAGAAGUUGCCUAACAGAGUUCCAGAAAUGCAAAGGAACUAGAGUUACCUUUGGAGGUAAUGACAAAGAAGGUCAAACAAAAGGAAGAGGGAAGCUGAUCAAGAACCAGAUAGUCAUUGAUGAUGUCUCAUAUGUCAAAGGCCUGAAGUUCAACUUGCUGAGUGCUAGCCAAUUCUGUGACAAAGGCCACACUGUUGAAUUCACAAAGGACUUCUGCUAUGUGAAGCAUGAGACAACAAAGGAAGUGGUUCUUACAGCAUCAAGGAAGAAGAACAUCUAUGUGGUUGAUUGGAAAACUGCAAAAGAUGGAGUAUGCAUGAUAGCCAAAGGAGAUUCAAAACUGAGCUGGGACUGGCACAAGAAGCUUAGCCAUUUGAACUUCAAAACAAUCAACAAACUGGCAAGAGAACACAUUGUAGAAGGGCUGCCAGACAUAGUUUACAAGAAAGAGACCCUCUGCGGUGCAUGCCAGAAGGGAAAGCAACAGAAGAACUCUUUCAAACCCAUUGCUGGAGAUCUUUCUACAAGUCCUUUAAAUCUGAUCCACAUGGAUUUAUUUGGACCUCUUGAGACUCCAAGUGUUGGUGGCAAGAAGUACACCCUAGUCAUGGUUGAUGACUACUCCAGAUAUACAUCGAC